GGUUAAGGUAAGGUAUUUGGUUAUGGUUAGGCUACGGGUAGGGAUUAGGGUUACGGUUUAGGGUUUAGGAUCGGGAAGUCCAAGGAUCCCAGAUAGAACUAACCGACUGUGAACGCGCGCAGUCGCGUGUCAUUGCGCGCUCUCGUCUGGCUUGAAAAAAGGGGACAGCUCCGUUGCUUAAAUCCAGAGGGAGGCACAGGCGGAGCAUCUCUGGGUAUCACUCGCUGAAUUGAACACAACACAUUUGGAAAUCUGUUUGUCAUUUAGUGGCACGCUCCAGGACGCACCUAUGCAGAUGGCUGCAACACAGCAAGAGGGCUCGGACCAGAACUUUGAUCACAUGUUCAAACUGCUUAUCAUCGGCAACAGCAGUGUAGGAAAAACGUCCUUUCUCUUCCGCUAUGCCGAUGAUUCCUUCACCUCCGCUUUCGUCAGCACUGUGGGCAUAGAUUUCAAAGUGAAAACAGUCUACAAGAACGACAAGCGGAUCAAACUGCAGAUAUGGGACACAGCGGGUCAGGAGCGAUACCGGACCAUUACCACAGCAUACUACAGAGGAGCUAUGGGCUUCAUCCUGAUGUAUGACAUCACCAACGAGGAGUCCUUCGGUUGUGUGCAGGACUGGUCAACCCAGAUUAAGACGUACUCAUGGGACAACGCCCAGGUAAUCCUGGCGGGGAACAAGGCUGACAUGGAGGAGGAGAGAGUGGUGUCAGUGGAUAGUGGUCGAAUGCUGGCCGAACAGCUUGGGUUUGAGUUCUUCGAGACGAGUGCCAAGGACAAUGUCAACGUAAAACAAACAUUUGAGCGUCUCGUCGACCUCAUAUGCGACAAGAUGUCCGACAGUUUAGAGACUGACCCGUCUGUCACCACAGGAACGUCCAAUGCUAGGCUAACUGACAACCCUCCUCCCUUGCAGCAGCCCAACUGCGGUUGUUAACCAGGAAAAUGACAACAAUCUAAGACGUAUGAGAUUGCCAAAAUAUUGUAUUAUCCCUUAGGUAGAUCUGUAAUACCUUAAAGUGUAUUAUUCUUCAUAUCUGACUUCUGAUGUGCCUAGUACAUUUUUUCAGAUUUUUUUUAUGUUUCAAAUUGUCUGACACAUAUGUUGUACGUUCACAAAACUGAAAAAUAGACAUGUACAGUAAUGCCAUGUCAGUAUGCGAUGACCAUGAAUCACUAAUGCCACGUCAGUCGGUACAUUUAUCUAUUUAUUUAUAUAAAACAGAAAUACAGGAUCUUCUAUAUACUAUAUUAACCAGAGAAAAUAGUGUGUUGUUUAUGGAAUGCUCUGUCAAUGACAUGAUGAUCUGUGUAUGGUUAAGUUGCCAGUUCCCUCUUGCAUAUCCUGUAUUUCUUCCCUCCCACUAUUCCUACUGUGUGUGUGUGUGUGUGUGUGUGUGUGUGUGUGUGUGUGUCUGUGUGUGUGUGUGUGUCACUUUUAAGCAUUGAACGUUACCGUAAAAAAGUAUUACCUACCUUACGAAAGUGAUGCCUUUCAGUUAGUUGUUUGUAUAUUGUUUCAUAUUUUUUCCAUCGCCACACUAGCUGUGAAACCCAUGUGAUUAUCUGUGGUUAGAAUGGACCAAUGUGAUUAUCUGAGGUUAGAAUGAACCAAUGUGAUUAUCCGAGGUUAGAAUGAACCAAUGUGAUUAUCUGUGGUUAGAACCAAUGUGUUUAUCUGUGGUUAGAACCAAUGUAUUUAUCUGUGGUUAGACAGAUGCAUGGCUUUAUUCUCAGGAUAUUAAUAAAGUAGUUUGUUCAGUGACUGUGGAUUAGCUGCCAUAGUAUAACAGUUGUCUAAUACUAACAUGUACAGUACUAUAUUGUAGGAUAGGUAGGUAGUCAUGAUAAUAAUGCCAGUGUGGUAUUUAACAGUUUACUUCAUUAAAUAAGUGGUACAUUUAAUGUGGCUGUAAAGUGGUAUGAUUACUAACCCGAUGACUGUUGUUUGAAAACAGUAUGCAUCUGUGAGUGCAGAGAACAGUUUCUCAAUGUUAUAUCUAUGUACAAGCAAUGGUCUGUGCAAUACUGCCAACUGGUCAGUCAUCUGGAGUAACUAAGACCUAAUCAUUUCUGCAGUGCGGAAUCCAUUGUAGGUCAUUCUCAGUUGUCAGCCGUACGUUUCAGUCUGGGUUUACGGAUGUCCUCAAAUGGGUUCCGUACUGCAGUGCUAGGUCCAGUGCUGCGACUGUUAAUGAAAUGGUCCUAAAUUAACAGCAGAAAGCUCAUAAUAAUGCCAGUUCCUGGAACAAUACAGAUUGAGAGACAUUGUGAGACAUACAGAGAGCCCAAGGAGAGGUCCCAGACAACUAUUUCAGGGAUGUGAGUCACGGCAUCAAUAUUUCAAAAGUCUGACCUGACUUGACUACAGGAUUAUGAAUAAGGAGCCACUUCCAUAAUUCAUACCAUCUCAUUCUCUGGACUUCACCUCAAAUACUUUUUAUUAGAGACACUCCUUCUGACAUUAUUCACCAUUCAUUUACUGUACUUGCAGUAAUGUUUUACUUCUGUUUUCGACUCUGUUACUUUUCUAUUGUUAUAGAAAAGUUCCCUUGAAGAAACCAGAGACAGUUAUCCCCACGUGCCAAUGUGCUAUAAAACAAAUAGAAAGGAAGCUGUUUUUAGGUGUUGUUAGAUUAUUUUGUGAAAAAGGGUAUGUUACUAUUAGCUAGACCAAGUGUCAUGCCAAAUAGUGUCUUGUAGAAAAUGCUGCAAUCGAUUGUUGCACUUGUGAAAACGAACUGCCUCCGAAUCGUUGCAUUUUCAGUAGCAAACAAUUUUCAGCAGCACACUUGCAUGAAAUUUUGCAAGUUCUAUUUAUAUAUAUCUAUAUCGGUAUACUUAUUGUAUUGUAUUUGUGCACCUUCAGGUCUCGUCUUGAGGUGCAAUGGGCCAAUAAGUGCAAUAUUUUAAAAGCCUGUUUCUCUGUGAAUAGCCAUCAGUCUGUGCCAUGCAUAACUGUUAGGAUUGAAUUCCUUUUUACGAGUGGUGUGUGAGUAGGGGUUCAAUGGGCCAGGGGCGUAGUGGAAAGUCUCCUACUUUUGUAGCGGAAAACGUAAGACGAGUCCUAAUAGUGGAACAAGAGAAAGCAAGUUCCGAUGUCUUCCCAACUGAACCCCAGUGGGCAUGAUUGUGACGUGUGAUAGUGAGAAAAUGCAGCCUGUCAGAAAGCCAAGUCAUUUUCUCACAAUGUCAACACUGUUAUCUAAAGACGGGAAACGUCUCUAGAUGGUUCCGCUGCCAAGACAGUUGUCGACAAAGUGGUAGAGAGAAUGCUGUACGUGUGAAUGAGAGAGAAUUCUAUGUGUGAUUGGCUGCCUCCCCUUGUACAUUCAUCCACCUCCUUGAUGAAAUAUAUACUAUUUGUUGUUUUAUAGACUUCAGCAUGUGUACAGCUUUAUAUUGUGUUUUCUGGUGCAGUAACAACAGCCCUCUUAGUAUGCGGGUCCCAAGAUAUUGAAGUGUUGUCUGUUCAGCUUCUGUGAAACAUUGAGACAGAGAUGAAGCCUUACUACGGUAUAUGCAGUAUGGACAGAAACAAGACAAACUGGUUAAUAACAGGUCACUUUAGCCUUUGUUAUUGAAUAAGUCAUAAACGGCAUUGUCAUUCCAUUCAUAACACACACAAAAAGAGAAACAGCGUACUUCUCUGUAUACCAGGGGCUCUAAUGAUAACACACUAAUGAUCAAAUGUUGACCCCCUUGACCCCUCUUAGGUUAAUUGGCACUCUACUAUGUACAGUACGGUGUCCUUGACAGCAGGUCACUUUCCCUUCACCUUUUUGAAACAAUUGUUUGUAGUGCGCUGCUCCUCGGUCUGGCAUUUUCUGCUUUGUGAACGUGGAGAAGCCAGUUCAGAGAUCCUAGCCUGCCCUAUUCUGGCGUCGCAUCUGUUCAAGCGUAACGCCAGCUGCUCACCUCACCAAUAUUCUCUGGGACCUUUCCUCCAUGUAGCCUAACACAAUUAGAAUUCAAGCGGUGAACAAACCCUCAAAAGCCUCUCACAAAUUCACCAUGCAACUGCUAAAUGUCGUUUUCUCCUGCUGUUCUUUCACACGUUCUCAACAUGUCUGUACUGUAGCUGGGAGUGUUUGAAUCGGACUCUUCGGCUGUAGAGACACACUGGUAGUAAUAAAACGUGUCAAUGGCGUGUCUGGUAAAAAAGAAAGAAGUCAAGUGGUUUCUUUGAAUUCUUGAUUUGUAUAAUAGCUAUCCUGUAACAGAAAAUGUUUGCUGUAUCUCUUUUGAGUCUUCAGAUGGACCUAAACUGAUAAUACAUAAUUGUACUAUUAUAGUGACCUACAGUAUUAUAUUUUCCUUGUAUGAACUACUCAUGAGCUGGAUAUUUACUUUUAUGUGUAUGUGACAUGAUGUAUUACACAGGUGUUUUCAAGAUGACAAUAAAAAUAUACCAAUUGUA